AUGAUACUCCAGUUUCUGUUUUUCUUUUCUUCAUUUUGUUUCUUAUUAAUUUAUUCUCCUUCUUCUCCCAUUACCCUUCUCCUCUUUAGCAUACACUACCAGUCUGUUUUUAUUGUCUCCUCUUUCUUAAAUUAUCUUUAUUUCUUUGUUCUUUCCUUUCCAUUUCUUUUCUUCCUCUUUAUUUUUUUCUGCUUCCAUGUUUCUUUCUUUAUCUUCUUUUUCUUUUUCUUUUACCGCUUCUGGCUUUCUUCCUCCAACAUUAUUGUCUUUUCUUCUUCAACUCUCUGGCAUCUUGAUUUUUUUCUCUCUUACGCUAUUGCUUCUUCUUCUUCUUCUUCUUCUUCUGCCACACCUCGUUUCGCUCUCUCAUCAACACAAGUACGCUCUCUCUCUCUCUCUCUCUCUCUCUCUCUCUCUCUCUAUCUAUCUAUCUAUCUAUCUCUUUCCUUCUCUUCUUGUUUCGCAUUACUUUGUUUUUCUUUGUUUCUUUCUAAAUUCUUCAAUUUCUUCCUAUUUCUUUCUCUCUUUCUCUUUAUUGCUCUUUCUUUCUCUCUUUCACUUUCUCUCUUUCACUUUCUCUCUUUCACUUUCUCUCUUUCUGCGAAUUUAUUUCGCUUUUCGUUUUUCCUUUAUUACAUUCUCUCCUUCCUUGUAUCGCAUGAGUUCAGUUUUCCUCCCUUUCUUCCUUUCUGUCUUUCUUUCUUUCUUUCGCUUUAUCUUAUUCUUUCUUUCUUUCUUUCUUUCUUUCUUUCUUUCUUUUGCUUUAUUCAUUCUUCAUUUCCUUUAUUUAUUUUACUCUUUCUUUUUUAUCUACUCUCUUUUCCUUUAUCUUUCUUUCUUUCGUUUGCUUUAUCGUUUUAG